AGUGACAACUCAUGCCCAUCCUGCAGGGGCCCGGGGGCGGGGGGACUGGGCCCCGAGGCGGCACCUCCUCGCCGGUCCUGCCCUGGGCUGCUGACCUCCUCUCCCUGCAGCUGGCGGGGAGCCGUGAUCGAGCCGGAGCCGGGCACCCAGGCUCCUUCCCGGAAGGCAGAGGCCCCUGCCCGGCCCUCUCUGCAGGCCCCCAGGAUUCAGAACCAACGAGCCUCCCCUAACGAGCGCCAGCAGGCCGUCAUAGACGCCUUCCGCCACGCGUGGGCCGGAUACCGCAAGUUUGCCUGGGGCCACGACGAGCUGAAGCCCGUGUCCAAGUCCUUCAGCGAGUGGUUCGGCCUCGGCCUCACGCUGGUCGACUCCCUGGACACCAUGUGGAUCCUGGGUCUGAAGAAAGAAUUCGGAGAAGCCCGGAGGUGGGUGUCCGAGAAGCUGCAGUUUCAGAAGGACGUGGACGUGAACCUGUUUGAGAGCACCAUCCGCAUUCUGGGGGGCCUGCUCAGUGCCUACCACCUGACGGGGGACGCGCUCUUCCUGCAGAAAGCCGAAGACUUUGGGAACCGGCUGAUGCCGGCGUUCCGCACGCCCUCCAAGAUCCCGUACUCGGACGUGAACAUCGGCACCGGCGUGGCCCACCCGCCCUGGUGGACGUCCGACAGCACGGUGGCCGAGGUGACGAGCAUCCAGCUGGAGUUCCGCGAGCUCUCUCGCCUCACGGGCGUCCAGAAGUUCCAGGAGGCCGCGGAGGAGGUGACCCGGCACGUCCACUCCCUGUCGGGGAAGAAGGACGGGCUGGUGCCCAUGUUCAUCAACACGCACAGCGGCCUCUUCACCCACGGAGGCGUGUUCACCCUGGGCGCCAGGGCCGACAGCUACUACGAGUACCUGCUGAAGCAGUGGAUCCAGGGCCAGCGGCAGGACACGCGGCUGCGGGACGACUACCUGGAGGCCGUGGAGGGGAUCAGGAGGCACCUGCUGCGCAGAUCGGAGCCCAGCAAGCUCACCUUCGUGGGGGAGCUCGCCCACGGCCGCUUCAGCGCCAAGAUGGACCACCUGGUGUGCUUCCUGCCAGGGACGCUGGCCCUGGGCGCCCACUUCGGGCUGCCCGCUGACCACAUGGACCUGGCCCGGGCGCUCAUGGAAACCUGCUACCAGAUGAACAGGCAGAUGGCGACGGGGCUGAGCCCCGAGAUCGCGCACUUCAACCUGCACGCGCAGAAGGACCAGAAGGACGUGCAGGUCAAGCCGGCCGACAGGCACAACCUGCUGCGCCCCGAGACGGUGGAGAGCCUCUUCUACCUGUACCGCCUCACGGGGGACCGCACCUACCAGGACUGGGGCUGGGAGAUCCUGCAGAGCUUCAACACCUACACGCGGGUCCCCUCGGGCGGCUACUCCUCCAUCAGCAACGUCCAGGACCCGCACAACCCGCAGCCCAGGGACAAGAUGGAGAGCUUUUUCCUGGGGGAGACGCUCAAGUACCUGUUCCUGCUCUUCUCCGACGACAUGGACCUGCUCAGCCUGGACUCCUACGUGUUCAACACCGAGGCCCACCCACUGCCCAUCUGGCCCCCCGUGUAGGGCGGGUCCAUGGGGCGCUGCCCUGGGGUCUCACUUCUGGUGUUGGAGGGGCCUGGCAGCAGGGCCCUGGCCCUGGAUAGGCCCACCCUCCUUUGACCUUGGCCGUGUGGUGUCGGCCCAGCUGGACAGCAGGCCAGGAGGCAGCUGGGCCGGGCCAUGCCCGGGCUGUGAGGUGCUGGGUUGGCCGCGGGCAGCAGGUGUCUGCCCAGCUGUGGUUCCCUCAGGACAUCAUCGGGGACCAGGAGGGAGGCCAGCGCUGUGUUCAGGGGUCCCGUCCACGGGCCGCCUCCUUCCUGAGAAUCUCAAACCAUGGCUCACAUUCCUGAAACCUGGACAUCCUACCAGCCAGCGCACGGGCUUCUGGGGGCCCGGCCUCGGGGGUCCCCAGGCCCACAUGUUCAGGGCAACAGCGAGGGACCAGAGUGCAGCUCGGCCUUGGGGUCUGUCUGUGGCCCUGUCCUGUCCGAGGUCUCGGGGUGUCUGUGGCCCCACUGACCGGGGCACCUGGCUGGCUGUGCUGUUUACGUGUUGGACUCAGGGAUCCCACGGGGGCGGCGGGCAGGUGUGCCCUGCGCCCGGCCUCCCGAUGGGACGGACCUUCACUCGGGAUAAAGUGGAUCUGCUCCAA